AUGAGGGUUGAGGCGACCGCCUCCUUGAUUCGGCGGAGCAACUCGAGCGCCUUGCGCGGGACAACCGCACUGCACGUUCCCGAGCUCGCGUUUGCCCUACAUCGAUGCGUCAUGCGCGACCUGGGUGGUGACGAUGCGGGGCGCAUUCGCAACGUGGAGGUGCGACCAAGUGGGUCGCCCAUGGUCUAUGCACUGUCUAGGACUGUGUCGGCGCGACUCGAGUGUCUUUUUCGCGUCGUGCGUGAGGCAUUGGCGCUUGACGUCCCCGAUGCCGAGCGAGGUCCAAGGGCUGUGCGAAUCGGGGCAUUUUUCUUUCGUUCCUUUCUUCUCAUCCACCCCUUUUGCAAUGGCAAUGGGCGCGUUGCGCGCCUGCUCCUCUCCAUUCUACUGCGGCCCCAUUGCACUGUGCCCAUUUCAUUGUUUUUGAAUGACCGCGAUGAGUAUAUUCGCAUGCUGGAGCGGUGCCCACCCAUGACGCCACCAUGGGCCUGCAUCGCCUACAUUGUUCGCUGUGCCGAGCGGCAGGCGAGCAACGUGGCGUUCCUUCUGAGUUAGAGGAGGCGAAUGCAAGUUUGUAGUGUGUGAAGGAGGGGGGGGUCCCCGGUUGGAGGGGUGGGGGUCCGGGAGGGCCCCAGUUCCCUACCACGGUACCUCGCCGAACAUCUCGCUGCGAAGAUUUCCCUACCACGGUGUGAACGGUGUGUGCGGUGUGUGUGUGUGUGUGUGUGUGUGUGUGUGUGUGUGUGUGUGUGAAUGAAUGAAUCAGACGAUGUCAGACUUUUCA